AUGCGUUUCACUGCUGCUUCCAUUGCUUUCUUCGCCGGCCUUGCCGCUGCUCUCCCCAACGGUGACGUCGAGACCGUCUACGAGACCAAGGAUGUUACCAUCACCUCCUGCGCUCCCACCGUCACCAACUGCCCUGCCCAUUCCACCUCCACCCCCCAGGGUGCUGGCGCCGUGACCGCUUCUUAUCCUACCAGCGAGUCUGCCGUCCCGACUCCCUCCGCCGGCAGCAGCAGCGUUCCCGUCAUCCCUGCUCCCUACAACACUGCUCCUGCCGCCCCCAGCAGCUCCGUCAUUGCUGUGACCACCUGCGUGCCCACCGUCACCUACAUCACCGUCCCUGUCGCUACUCCUAGCGGCCAUGCCGGUGCCCACUCUUCCGUCCCCGUCAUCCCCUCUGCUCCUACCGGCAAGCCUAGCCCCAGCGCUACUCCUUCCUCUAUUCCUCCUGGUGGUCUCGCCACUGGCGCUGGUAACACCGUCAGCGGCUCUUUCCUCUUCGCUGGUGCUGCCGCCGCUGCCGCUUUCUUCCUGGCUUAG